GUGGCAAAGUCAUUCAAAAAACAACUAGUAUCGUCCCAAAUGAAACGCAAAAAGGUUCAAUUAUUUUCACUAAAGUUUUUUGCAUUUAUAUGGACAUAAAGAUGGCUCUAUAGCUUGCGCGCAAGCAAAGCAACAAGCACUUUCAGUGCCCCAACACACAAAAGUUAUGAAAAUGAUUAAAAAGAAAUUUGCCACCAUGGCGUCCUCACAACAACAUACACAACAAGAACAACCAGCGUUCAUCACAUUCUUACGACCGGAUUCCAUAUAUUGCACAUCAAGUUUAGACUCAUCUGAUUUUGAUCAAUACAAAUACAACAACACAGACAAUGGAAAGUUUGGAUUUGCCCAAGGAACUCUACUGGGAUCUCAAGCUGGAGCCGGCUUCCCCACCAUCUGUGGUGGCCAGCGAGCUCUUUGCGCUUGAUGAUCCGACAGUCGCCACCUUUCUAUAUGACGAUAACUUUGCAAAUGGUAUUACUCUUAUGAGCGACGAUGAAGCCGAUAGCCUACAGGAGGCUGUUUCCAUGGAGCUGAUCUGCGGUGAGGAUUUGGUUGUGGAGUUUCUGGAUCUGAAGGAUGAAGAGUGCCUUCUAGACCAAAAGGCGCCGCAUUACAUAGAGUAUGAGACAGCAGGCUUUCCACAACACCUUGAUGUGUUGUCACAGGCCAUACUACCCAUAACCAAAGCACAAGUCGCUGCUACAGUCGCGGAUUUCCAACAUUGCGACUCUUCGUUUACAUUGCAACAGCUGACGCCGCCGCAGUCGCCGCCCCAAUUUGAUGCCUACCAACAACAACAGCAUGAGCUUGUCAAAGAGGAGCAAAGGGUGCAGCAACACAAUGCCACGGAAGCAACAUCUCCAGCGGCAGCUACUCCGGCUUACAGUUUUACCAACAACUGGAUGCCGGUCAGUCAAAUUGAUCGUGAAUCUAAGCUGGUCGAUGAUAUUGUCAAUAUGCGUGCACAGGAACUGCAGCUGCCGACCAACUGGCAGCAGUACAAUGAUGACUGCGAAUCUCAAGCGUCGUCAUCGUUGGGCAGCAGCAGCAAUAGCGACAGCAGCAUUACCGGCAGCAGUGUUGCGGAUGUGGAUGAAGAAUGGCUACCAGAGACAAGCAGCAGCUCACCAGCGCAUACCAUAGAGGAGGCGCAGUCAACAGCAGCAUCCCCGAGCAGUACGAAAAAGCGCACUCGUACUUAUGGACGCGGCGUGGAGGAUCGCAAAAUAAGAAAAAAGGAACAAAACAAAAAUGCGGCUACUCGCUAUCGCCAGAAGAAGAAAAUUGAAAUGGAACAUGUGCUUGGCGAGGAACAGCAGCUGAUAGAGGCCAAUGACGAACUGCGUCGCACACUCGCCGAGCGUCGCAAUGAAUCGCGGUAUCUGCGUCAGCUUAUUCGCGAGUUCUACCACGGACGCAAGAAAUAGAAACUGCUACCUGCUUCCACCUUAGAGUUCAAAAUUUCAUCCUUAGUUUAAUGCCUUUUCAAAGUUAUCGUUAUCGUCACGUUGUAAAUCCCAAACCCCUCCCAACUAUUUUUAUUCUUAAUUUUCCCCCACACUCUGCACAAAUGCAAUUAACAUCAAUCAAUCGAACAGCAGCCUGUCCUGGCCAGCAUCUUGGCACUCAUGACAAGUUGCCUUACAGCCGCUUCGAAUUCCAUUGCCAGUACUGGUCUAGGACAACACAACAUCAUUCCAUGCCGCACAGGCCAAUGGGUCCAAAUGGGCACCAAAAUAUUAUACAUAAAAAAAAACAACUACGAAACCCUUCUUCAACUCAUAUCAACUUUUUAAAACCCUGUGCGGUGGCUGCUGUUUUGAAUUAUUUUUUGGCAUUUGUGUAAGUUCUUUUGACAAUUGUGAAAUAAUUAAUUUUAUAUUAUUAACAAUAAAAGUAAUAUUCAGCAUACUUA